CAAUUCGAGCACGAACUCUCGAAACUUCCUAGAGCCGACGCUGAAUAUAACCGCGUGAAAAGCAAGUCAGAAUGUCUCAAAACCACACGGGAUGGGAUUCGGAGUGCGAUACUCAGUCACCUUAGGGAACCUAGGAACCGGUUUGUCUGGCUGCGUGGUUCACCUGGGACCGGGAAAACCGCGAUAUCUAUGAGCGUAGCCUCCGCCCUUGACAACCAAGGUACCCUUGCAGCGUCUUUCUUCUGGGAUAAGAACCAAAAGGGGAUGGGACUUGACUCGGUUGAGCGCUUUCCCUCCACCCUCGCUCUACAGCUUGCGGCAUUCAGUGCUGAGUACAAGAGCUUACUUCUCAGGCAAAUUCGCGAGCGUGCUUCGUUGAAACGUUAUCAGGGUUCUGCUCUGGAGAAGGAGAUGAAUGCUUGGAUUAUCGACCCGAUGCGUGAACUCACGGAUAUACGAUCUUCAAGGAAGGAUCGCUUUAUCAUCGUCUUAGAUGGACUAGACGAGUGCGGGGAUCCAGAUACACUUGGAUCCUUGAUGAAGCUUGUCCUUCUGCUCGAUGAGCUGCCUCCGACCUUCGCCAUACUAGUCAGUUGUCGUCCUGAACCGCAAGUUAUUUCGGCUUGGGCUCGGGCCGAAGCACAGGACCGACAUCCUGUGAUCCCUUGUGAAGAUGUGGAUAAGAUAGCAAGAGAUGAGACUUUUCACACAAUACACCGUAUGGUCGAGGAGGGACUCCAAGACUGUAUCAGGGAAUCGCCGUGGAAACCAUCUAACAUGGAUCUCAAUUUCUUCACCUCAGCUUGUCGUGGAUUACCCCUUAUUGCCUCGAUCCGCAUACGCGAGGUCCGCAUUCAGACUCAAAGUGGUUCCGUCCUGAAGUCAGAGUUUGAGUACUUCCUCAAUCUCAUGGAUGCGCCUGAGGACCUCAACGAAGAGUAUUUGAGGAUAAUGCGACGAGCCUAUAUGCCUUAUCGCUCAAGAAUUCGCUCACGAGUAGUAAAGAAUUACCAUGAGGUACUCGGAAUGAUUAUUGCGGUAUGGAGGGAACUCGGCGUAUAUGACAUAUCACAGCUCCUAGGAAUCACUGAGGAUGAAGUCUACUCGACACUAAAACCCAUCGGCUCAAUAGUCAAUAUUCCCUCUGGCAACACAAAGUACAUCAACUUUUACCACGGAACGGCACGGGAAUUCAUCACGGGCGAUCCCAUCGGUGAGGAAGAAGACAAAGUAUUCUUUAUUAGCGACACGGAAGGACACUUCCUUGGACCACGGCUCCUUCGAAUUGUCAAUGAUGUCAUUAAAAGGAACGAGUUUGGUGUCCCCACCAAACCUCCUUUGGGAGAUGAAAAGAAGUGGCAGCAUUCUCUGAGCCGAGCGCGACCCAAUCACAUCAAAUACGCGUUUGAACAUGUGUUCAACCACUUGGACCGAUCGCUACUCAUUUCACAAGACCCUAACGAAUUGCAGAGAGAGUUUGGGGAAUUCCUUGCACGAAACUUAUUCUCACUCUUCUCAACGGUGCACCGCACGUAUUUUUAUCGGCGCAGUGAUUGGGACCAAGGCGAUGUGAGUGCGAAAUAAAUUGAAUUUCGAGUUUUUGAUCGAUGGGCUAUGCUUUAAGAAUCACAGGAUAACAGAACUCAUGAGAGAAGUUCACGAAUUGUUCGACGACUCGGCAUGCGUUUAUGAAAUCACGCCCUGGCAUUUCUAUAGAUCUAGCCUUCCAUUCAUUCCAUCGUCGUCACUCAUUUUCGAAUGGUAUCGCCAUCUCUCGGAUCCCAUUCAUGUCUUCAGCAUCUCCGGCGACUUUGCUGGUCGCUUGAUCCCCCUAAGUGACGAUGCACUUCAGGCUCAAGAAGUCAUGAGGGCGAAGCAGAGAGAAUUACCAACCUCUCUUGAUGAACAGGGCAGAAAGACA